AUUAACAUUCAAAUGUGUAAAUCUUCAUCUUUACCGUUGGAAGAAAAUUUUUUGUUAAAUAAUUUUGAAGAACCGACAACUUCAACUAAAAAUAAUUUGGAAGAAUCAACAAAAAGGAAAGAUUGUCUUAAAUGUGAUUUACGUUCUUCUUACUGCAAAAGAUGGACAAACGGGCAAAUUACUUGUGAAUGUAGACAGGGAUUUCAACGUUCUUCCAAAACUUCUGAUCGUUGUAUUCAAUCACAUCUACCGGCUUCUCAUCACCAGUCAAGUAGAUAUGGGGGGUUUGCUAAACGUGUCGAACCUUCACAUGCUGAGGAGCCGUCAUCUUUGUCUACAGAUGUUGGAGGGUUAAUGUUAAAUUAUGUUGAGAAUGAAAAUGAUCAACAAUGCGUUUUGGGGCAGGCUGAAAAACAUGCAACAAGAAUUUUGACUGAUCUACUCAAACGUUAUGACCGUAAUUUGGUGCCUUCAGUAAAAGGAGUUGACGUUAAAAUUGAAUUGCUUAUUCAAAAAGUAACAGAAAUAAAUGAAUUACUUUCUUCCUCAAAAAUGGAUAUAAUGCUUUCACAAAUAUGGCACGAUCCGGGAUUAAAUUUUGAGCAAGAAGAGGGUGCUCAAUGCCUUACAAAUUUGUCAUUAUCUCAUAGAAUGGUUGACAGUUUAUGGAUCCCCAAUGUUUGUAUUGUUAACUCGAAGGCUUCUUUCACUCAUUCAUCUCCGACACCAAAUAUAUUUUUAGCAAUAUUUCCCAAUGGAACAGUUUGGCUAAAUUACAGGAUAGCAGUUGAAUCUCCGUGUGAAUUUGAAUUUACAACGUUCCCGAUGGACAGAGUAGAAUGUACUACAAUAUUUGAAAGUUAUUCUUUUAAUGUGGGCAAGGUGAGACUUGAUUGGAGGCAAGGCGAAUCAUUUAUGUUCCUGUCGAAUGUCAGUUUGCCAGACUUUCAAUACGCCGGUCAUGUUACUGCAAGGGCUACAUUUGAAUAUCCUGCUGGCCUUUGGGAUCAAGUAAGUAUCAAAAUUUAUUACCGUCGCUCUUAUGGUUUUUACAUUCUUCAAAUUUAUCUGCCUACUUAUUGUAUGGUGCUAAUUUCUUGGAUUUCUUUCUGGUUAGACAGAAAAUCAUUACCGGCAAGAGUUACCCUCGGCGUUUCUUCAAUUUUGGCUUUAACAAUGCAAUAUGCAAAUGUUGCUAGAAGUUUACCUAAAGUUAGUUAUAUUAAAGGAGUUGAUUUAUUUAUGAUGGGUUGUGUUGCUUAUAUAUUUUUGUCAAUUUGUGAAUUAGCUAUGGUUGGCAUUUUGGAAAAGGAAGCAAAUGCAGCAUCAAUGCAACAAUUUCAAGAUUUGGGAGGUGAUGGGGGAAGUAGAAGAAUGACUUUUGGUACUGGCUUUGCCCGUAAAGCAUUUCAAAGGACUUUUAACGAUAAAACAACGCAUCGCCUUCGUCGAUUAGAUUCAACAAGUUCAGGUUCAACGGCUGUUGCAGCAGCUGUAGGUGUUUCCGCAGCAACCCCCGGUUCUUCUGAUUGGCAAAAACAUUUACGUAUAUCGCGUUCCGAUGAUAAUGGUGAAAUGGCUUCGAUGUUAAUGGGCGGGGGUGGUGGUGGAGAUGGAGGGGGUGGAAUAAGAGAAGAAGGAGGAGGUACUACUAACAAUAAUAUUAAUAUCAAUCAACAACUUUUAAUGUUGCCACAAUAUAGAGGUUCUGUCGCGGGCAUUUUAAUUCCCAGACGUUCAUCAGACCAUCCAAUAACUUCAAAUAUUCAACAACAAAAUGAAGCAGCUGCAAUGGUUGCUAGGACAUGGAUGAAAAGAGCAAUGUCUUUAAAACGCCUAAGACAACAAAAUCAAAAAAUUGUAACGCCAAAAUUAUUUAGUAAAUGGACGGGAGAAGAUUUGGAUAGAUUUUGUCAAAAAUUCUUUCCAAUAACUUUUGGUUUAUUCAAUUUAAUUUAUUGGAUGGUAAGGGAAAAUUAA